AUGACGGGGGUUGAUCUUUCUGUUGUGUUGGUGGUAGAAAUUGAGGAUUUGAUCCCCAAGUUUUUGCGUCUGCAGUUGCAUGAGUAUUGUAAGGAUGUGGUUUCUUGUCCUUCAAUUUUGGUCGUCCGCGUUUCUUGUGUUUUAUAUCGAUACAAGUAUCCACUUUUCCAAGAGCUACACAUCGUUUGCAAGGUCUCGAUACUGCAACGAAUUUAA